UUAAACAAUUAACGACCUAUGCCCGAGCGGGUAGCUUCAUUAGUUUACAUAACGCAAUUAACCAUUCGCAAGGUGACGAAUUGCUUUAUCUGGGCAAUAAAAUUCAGUUUCAGCAUGCGUUUUCAGUGCGUUGUACUGUGUAUUUUACUGCUCUGCUUCCAAAACGUGAACACAAAGACUACUAAAAUAAACUUGGCUGAGGAGGAUAUGCUCCUAUUCUGGAGACGAUCAAACGCGGAGAGAUGCAAGCCGUUCACAGUGUUCCAGAUCGACUGUAACCACUGCGUGUGCGCAGCCGACGGCACGUCAUCCUGCACGAGGAUGGACUGCAGACCUCACCCUAAAACACGACGCAAACUUAGACGAACUAAAAAACCAGUAUACUACACCGAUGAGAGUGAUGAUGAUGACAGUGCACAUUAAUUAAACCUGCCUUUUAGUCAUAAAAUAGAUACUAAACUAUUA